GACUGCUUUGCCACUGGUUAGCUGGCAUUGGCCCCAUCAUUGAUGUGUUCCAAUGGUUGGUCACCCACAGAAGCUUCCUCUGUUCAUUCUCAACGGACCCCAAAACCCAAACCCAAACUCUUUCUAUUUCUCUCUCUCUUUGUCUUAUUUCUCAAUCUCAACUCAAUAGUGUGUAGAGUAAAACAGGGUACCCCGUUAGGGUUAUUGGUCUAUAUCCCUUCUUUUUAUUUUGAUUUUUUCUGCAAGAUUGGCCAAAUCCUCUCUUCUUUCCAUUUUGCUUUUGCUUUUGCCUUUUCAUGAGACUCUUACACAGUUCAAUUUUCUGUUUCCGAGGCUGAAUUCACUGUAGUUCAAAGUGAUUCUGCCUUUUAUUUGUUGGUGUUGUAGACGCUGAUUUCUCAAGCUGGGAGUUUUGACUUUUUUGUUUAAUUCUUGACAAUGCCUAAAUCCAAUCACGAAAAGCAAGAUCAAAGGAGUAAUUCUAGUAUGGAGGAUUCCUCUAUGACAAUUGAAUUCCUCCGUGCACGGUUGCUUGCCGAGAGGUCUGUGUCGAAAAGUGCUAGACAAAGAGCUGAAGAACUCGCAAAAAGGGUAGAGGAGCUGGAGGAACAACUUAGAAUUGUUUCUAUUCAAAGAAGAAUGGCUGAGAAAGCCACAGUAGACGUCCUCACCAUUUUGGAGAAUCAGGGAAUUAGUGACACUUCUGAGGCAUUUGAUUCAAGUUCUGAUCAGGAAGCCCACCGGGAAUCCCAUGAGGGUGAUCAUUACCCAACUCAAGAGGAGCACUUCACUUCUAGGAGACAAAGUAACUUGGAGGAGUUUUCUGGUUCUGAUCGUGAUGCAUCUCCGGUAUCUGGUAGAAGCUUGUCUUGGAAAGGUCGUAGUAAGUCUCCACGUUCCCACGAAAAAUACAAGAAUCCAUCUACAAGAAGGCGGAAUGCUUUUUCAUCCCUGGGCUCUUCUUCUUCUUCUUCGAGACAUCAUUUCGGUAAAUCUUGCCGCCAAAUAAGACGCAGAGAAACAAGGACAGUGGUUGAGGAGCACAAAACAGAGCCUAUCAAGUUUGAUUCUCAAGACAAUGGAUUUGCUAGUGCUACCCCACCAGAAGAUGUUCUAGAUAGCUCAGAUUCAAGAUCAGGAACAGUGAGAAAAUGUUCUGAAAGCAAGAAGGUAUUAUCAGAGGGUCCUCUUUCUGGUGGUGUAGAAAGUCAACGAAUCAAUAAUCAUAUUGAUGUCAAUGGCCAUGGGAAGGACAGAGACAUGAAAAAAGCAUUAGAAGACCAGGCACAUCUUAUUGACCAAUAUGAAGAGAUGGAAAAGGCUCAAAAUGAAUGGGAAGAGAAGUUCAGAGAAAAUAACAUUAGCACACCGGAUUCAUAUGACCCUGGAAACCACUCAGAUAUAACUGAGGAAAGAGAUGAGGUCAAGCCUCAAACACUUCCCAAUAAUGAGACAGAUAUCUCAGAACCUGAAGAGGCAAAGCCAAAGGAAAUAGAUUUAUCCAAACUGCAGCCUAAUGGUAUUUUAGCACCUUCACAUGCUGAGAUGGUAGAGGAUCAAACAAGCAGCAGAACCAAUUCUGCUGGUUCCAGAUCUCCAGCUCAAGAAUUUGCAUUUCCUACAGCUAGCGAAAGGGGAAUCCAACAGAGUGAGGAUAACCAUGAUUGUCAACCAUCAGAAAUCCUCUGCCAGGACCCAUCUUUGCAUGGGCCACUGAGCAACCGGUCUUUAGUUAGCAAUUCAUCCGAGUUAGGCAGCAGUUCCCAUGAAAGAGAGGCUUCAGAAGGCCAAAAUGAUCACUAUGCAUUAGUACCUCACAACCAACCUAAUGCUUUAGGUGGUGUGUUGGAUGCACUCAAACAGGCAAAGUUAUCACUACAUCAGAAAAUCAAUAGAUUGCCACCAGACGGCAGAAUUACUGUUAAAAAAUCCACUGAACAAUCUCCAUUUGAUACAAGAAUCGGGGACAGAACAGAGAUCCCCACUGGGUGUAGUGGACUUUUCAGAUUACCAACUGAUUUCUCUGCUGAAGUAAAUACACGAGUCAACUUUCUCAGUUCUGGAUCUCACUUAGCACCAUAUUAUCCUGAUAAUAGAGUUGCAGUAACUGCUCCUGAUCGAUUUGUUUCAACGCCUUACAUGGAAAAUCAAGCAGGAUUUCGAACCGAUGAUCGCUUCUUCUCAAGUGGCUCUUUACCGUCUGGGUCAAGAGCUUCUACUUUAAAUUCACGUUACGAUCCUUACUUGAAUAAUGGUUUCAAUAGAUACAACUAUACUUCCCAUCCCCCCUAUCCCCCUUUCCCUGAUUUAAUGCGGCAUAUACCCUCAGAUGAAGGAUUACUAAGACCCUUUCCCAGUAGCAGUAGGCCAUAUGAGUCACCUGUAGAUGGAUCACCAUUAUAUAGUGAUCAAGCUGGACCUAAUAUGUAUAGGUAGUAUUAUACUAUAUCUACUCUUUUAAGUUUUUCCAACUGUAUCUUAGAAUUGGUUAUUGGUUUUAUAGAUAGGUUCUAGUUUCUGUUCCAUUAGAGGGAGAAGGUUUUUGUACACAGUGAAACCAUUUGUUGUAUCAUGUUUAUGUUUCUGCAUCAUAAUUUUGAUUCUAAUUUCUGAUAUAAAUAUUUAAUUCUACUGUGACUAUCAAUUUUUUCUUU